AUUCAGCUGGCAUUUUGUCGUGAGCUUAUUUUGAAACGAAUUUCAGGACAAUGGACACCGUAUGCCGGGUUUGCCUCGAAGUGACUGAAAGCAUGGUAAAUAUUUACAGGGGGACGACUAAGUUUGACAUCUCGAUUGCUGACAUGAUUUCGCAAAUUACCGGCUUUAAGGUAGCCAGAGAGGAUUCAUAUCCCGAAGGCAUAUGUAUGCCUUGCCUGGAGGAUGCGCAAAAUGCAUUUCAAAUCAAACAAACAUACGAGAGGUGCCAUAAAAUAUUUUGCCAAUUACGCGAAGAGCUAAUGGAUAAAUCUUCGUGUGAGUUACCGAGGGAUCAAGAUGCCAGUGGAGAGGCUGAGCUGGCGUUCAAGUGUCCCCACUGUCCGAAAAGAUGUAGACUUAAGUGCAACCUAACAAAGCAUAUAAAGCUCCACUCGAAGGAGCGACCAUUUAGGUGUGACCACUGCCAAAAGACAUUCAAGGACAGCUCUGUCCUGCAGAAGCACAUCCGCAUCCACACGGGCGAGCGUCCGUUCAAGUGCACCCAGUGCCCCAAGGCCUUCUCCUAUUCCGGCUCACUGAGAGACCACAUGCUUGGACAUACGGGCGAAAGGCCACACCAGUGUCCCCACUGUUCGUCGUCCUUUAGAUGGCAAAAGCUGCUCAAAACUCACUUGCGCACACACACCGGAGAGCGUCCCUACAAGUGCCCUGACUGCUCGAAGUCAUUUGCAGCUCGAACCACGCUUGAAACUCACAUCAGGACGCACUCAAAAAUGCGACCUUACAAAUGUAAAUUUUGUCCGAAGUCGUUUACCAUAAAGCAAAGUCUUUAUUCCCACAUGAAACGGCACAAGGAGGAUCCGGUAGAUUACACUGGGAAGGAUCUUGAGGACAGCUUCUAGUUCCACGGCACUGUUAACUUUACAUAUGUAAAAUGAACAUAUAUUGUUAAAUUAAAUCUAUUUGUAAUAUA